CUGGGCGCAUGCGCAAAGAGGAACCUGUCCAGGUUUUCUUCCGGUGUUAGAGCAACGAGCAAAAUAUGAUUUCCUUGACGACUUAUAAAUGAUGUUUGCUGUUAAGCCCGGGAUCGGGCGGCACAUUUUUAGCUUACGUUUACAUUUUAGUGCAUGAGGGUAAAUAUUUACAAACCGGAAGAGGACUGAGAGCGGUGGGGCUUGAGAGCGACGCUUGCAGCUGGAUGCCGGUGUUACGUACUGUGUCUGCUGCCAGGUGUUCUUGGAUCUUAUGGCCGAAGCUGCGCAAUGGUCUCCGGCCUGUCUGUGCGUCCUCUGCGGACUGCCUGCCGCCGGGAAGUCAACGCUGACCCGCAGGAUUGUGGGUACCGCGGCGGAGCGCGGCUGGAGAGCAGCAGUCGUGUCCUACGACGAGCUGAUCCCCGAGAAGGCUUAUUACACCGAAGUGGAGGAGGAUGGUCUCAAUCUGACAGACAUGCACUGUAGUUGGAAGUCCUACAGACAAGCUGUGUUGCAGUGCAUAGAGCAGGUCUUGGAGCAGCCUGAAGUGGUGAUAGAGUUGCCAAGCAACCCUCUCAUCAAUGGAGCUGCAUGGCAACCAUGUGUUCAAGCUCUACUGCAGCCUAAAGAGUCACACACUGACGGGACGCCACUGCUCUUUCUUUUAGAUGACAACUUCUACUACCCAAGCAUGAGAUACGAAGUGUACCAACUUGCAAGAAAGCUGUCGCUGGGAUUCUGCCAGGUGUAUCUGCAGUGUGAUUUAGAGACCUGCAUCAGGAGGAACCAAAGCAGACCUAAGCCCAUUCCCGUCAAAGUGAUCAUGGAGAUGGAGAAGCGUUUGGAAUUUCCAAAUCCACAAAAGAACCCAUGGGAAUCCCAAAGCAUCUCGCUCAACUCGACAAACGACGUGUCCAAGUCCGACAUCCAGAGAGUAAUGGAGUUGAUCUCUGUGGCAUUAGGCAAUCCAUUGAGCCCAGCUGAAGACAACAGCGAACAAAAGGAAGCUGAUCGUUUCAAGUGCGCCACCAGUGUGGUCCACCAGGCUGAUCAGGCCUGUCGACGUCUGAUAUCGGAGGCUAUGAAGGCUGCCAGAGAAAAUCAAGUCCCUUCUGAACACAUGCGGGUUCUGGCUGCUCGGCUGAACGAAUGCAAAGCGACUUUCCUUCACGACUUGCGGAAACAGUUCCUGCAGGAGGUGUGUUUCCUUCAAGAGGAGGACAUCGGUGUGGAGCAGGUGGUGAAGAAUAUUUUUGAUGACAAAAAGAAUGAAAUCCUGUCACAGUUUAUAAGCAACCACAAAACAAUGUGAUGUUCUUUUUCAAGAUAGCGUCAAAGAAACUAUUACAAUGAAUGGUUGAUGUCUGUAAAUAUUUAAAUUCAAAUAAAAUUUAUUUUUGCUGACUAUUUGCGCUAAAGUUAAUUGAAUCAUGUUGAAGUAAUUUAUUACUUUGGAAAUACACAUUCUAUUCAUAAUCUCCUCUAAAUACUUUUUUCUGGCCUUGUAGUCUCUGUGUCACAUCAUAUUUAUACCCCAGGGAAACAAAAAGUCAUGCACUGACACUAAAUACUUUGGUUGCAUUUGUUAGAGGGAUUGUUAGUGUCCUAAUGUGGUUUUAUUUAAAUUAUUUCAUUAAAUUAGUUAUUUUUAAAUUAACUAACAAUACAAAACAUACAUUUUCCAGCUUUUUGGUGAGAAUAUUAAACAUCAGCAAAAGAUUAACUCAGUUAAAGGCUUUAUACACUUCAGAGCUGUACGUAUAACAGUAAGGUGGCAGUGUAUAUUUAAAGCUGGUUCGACAAAUACCGUUUUGGAUUCAUAUGUACAGCAGCUUACUAAGCUGUUGGUAAAAUUCUUAUAAUCCCCUCUAAAUUGUGUCACAAAUACCAAAAUGUUGACAAAAUUUGGACGGGAUGUUGAACAUGACGAGACACGAUCACAUUUACAACCUAGCACAGAGAGUUUGUGUUACAAACUUUGCGGUAUUUCAAACUGAGAGGCAAUUUAUAUGUUUAUACAACAAAACAAUGACAGGUAGAGACUAGAAAUUACAUGUUUUGUUUAUAGUUGAUUAAUGAUACAACAAAAAGAAUUAGGAAAGUUGAUUAAUAUGAAGUUGCAGAAUAUAUUGUGAGUUUUCUAUUUUCUGUUGGCACCUUAAGAAGCCAGACAGUAGAAAUUCCUUCUAAUUCUUACAGUGAAAGCAGAUAAGUCCUUUGAAAAUGUCCCGAGUGACGUAACGUUACAGAUCCAGAGUCUCUAAGUCAGGCCCACAGAUGAUUUCUCUAAGCUUUAGAAUUACCACUUCCCUAACAACCUAUAUAUGCUUACUGCUGAUGUAAAAAACACAGACCAGGUUUUUCCAACUCUUUUAAAUAAAUGAAAAUCUGAAAAGUGUGGUAUUCAUUUUUAUUCAUCCCUCUGAGUCACUGAGAAUCACCUGGUGCUGCACUUGCAGCUGCAAGUUAUUUACAUUUGCGGUAUGUCUCUAGCAGCUUUGCGCAUCAAGACACCUUCAGUGUUUUUUGGGGGUUUUUUUUAAUCAUUUAUUCCAAAACAGCUCAACCUCAAUCAGAAUGGUUAGAAACAUCUGAACAUCAGCUUUUAAGUCUAUUCAUAGAUUUUCAGUUAGUUAUGUUCUCUAAUACAUAAGUAUGCUUUGAUAUAAACCAUUCCAUUGUAGAUCUGGCUGUUUCUCCUGCAGGAAGAUGAACAUCCACUUAGUCACAUGUCGUUUUCUUCUAGUAUUUAGUUCAGUCCAUCGUCACAUUAACUCAGCAGUUUUCUCUGUCCCUGCUGAAGAAACGCAAGCCCUCACCAUAAUGCUCCCUCCACAAUGUUAUACCAUGGAAUAGGCGCCUCUUACAUUAUAACAGUCCUUUCAACCUGAGCUCUGGGUGUCUGCAGCUGCUCCAGUGUACUUGGCUUGUCAGUUAAGGGGGGAAGCCUUAUCUGGUUUCCAGCUGUAUUGUAUUCUUUUCAUUGUCAGGUAACGCAAUGAACAGUGCUCUGUUUUCACGAAAGGUAAUAGGUGGGAGUGAAGUGUCUGUGUUGUAUUCAAUAAAACCACAUAUCGGCUUCAUUUAACUUCAAAUUGAGGCACCACAUUGUGUUAGUCUUUAAAAAAAAAAAAAAAAA